AUGUCUAAAGGAAAAGUUUGUUUGGCAUACUCUGGUGGUCUAGAUACCUCCAUCAUCCUAGCUUGGUUGCUAGAACAAGGCUACGAAGUUGUUGCUUUCAUGGCCGAUGUCGGUCAGGAAGAAGACUUCGAAGCCGCUAGAGCUAAGGCUUUGAAGAUUGGUGCUACCAAGGUUGUUAUCAGUGACGUCCGUGAACAAUUUGUUAAGGAUAUCAUCUUCCCUGCCGUCCAAGUCAACGCUGUCUACGAAGAUGUCUAUUUGCUAGGUACUUCUUUGGCUAGACCAGUUAUUGCUAAGGCUCAAAUCGAUGUUGCUGAACAAGAAGGUUGUUUCGCCGUUUCUCACGGUUGUACCGGUAAGGGUAACGAUCAAAUCAGAUUCGAACUAUCUUUCUACGCUUUGAAGCCAGACGUCCAAGUGAUCGCUCCAUGGAGAUUGCCAGAAUUCUUCAACAGAUUUGCCGGUAGAAAGGAUCUAUUGGACUACGCCGCAGAAAAGGGUAUCCCAGUCGCACAAACCAAGGCCAAGCCAUGGUCCACCGAUGAAAACAUGGCGCACAUCUCUUACGAGGCUGGUAUCCUAGAAGACCCAAAUACUACCCCACCAAAGGAUAUGUGGAAGUUGAUUACCGACCCAAUGGAUGCUCCAAACACUCCACAAGAUAUCACGCUAGAUUUCGAAAAGGGUAUCCCUGUUAAGCUAACAUACAAGGACAACGCUACUGGUAAGGAACAUGUAGUCACUGACGCCUUGGAGUUGGCCCUUCACGUCUCUAACUUGGGUAGAGCCAACGGUGUCGGCAGAAUCGACAUUGUUGAAAACCGUUACAUUAACUUGAAGUCCAGAGGUUGUUACGAGCAAGCCUUGCUAACUAUUUUGAGAAAGGCCCACGUCGAUCUUGAAGGUCUGGUGCUAGACAAGGAAGUCCGUCAAUUGAGAGACCAAUUUGUCACUACCACUUACUCCAAGCUGCUGUACAACGGUUCUUACUUCACCCCAGAAUGUGAAUUCAUCAGAGCCAUGAUCGAGCCAUCUCAAAAGACCGUCAACGGUACAGUCAGACUUUCUCUAUACAAGGGUAACGUGAUAGUACUAGGAAGAUACUCUAACACUGAAUCCCUGUAUGACGCCACUGAAUCCUCAAUGGAUGAGCUAACAGGUUUCCUACCUACCGAUACCACCGGUUUCAUCGCCAUCCAAGCCAUCAGAGUCAAGAAGUUCGGUGAAGCCAAGAAGGCCAGCGGUGAGAAGAUCACUUUAUAG